AUGAGCGGGGCGCUGGGUCGCGUCAUGGCGGCCGCUCCGCGCUGGCUCUGGGCCGCGGCGGCCGCGGCGGCGCUGGGCGCCCUGCUGGGCGCCUGGCGCUGGGCCGGCAGGGGCCGCCGGCGGCGCCGCGGGCGGCUCGAGCGGGUGGGCACGGUGUCGCGGCUCGUCGUGUACCCCGUGAAGUCGUGUCGCGGCGCGGCCGUGUCGCGCGCGGAGGUGACGCCCAUGGGGCUGCGCAGCGGCGACCUGCGCGACAGGUUCUGGCUGGUGACCAAGGAGGACGGGCACAUGGUGACGGCGCGGCAGGAGCCGCGCCUCGUGCUCGUCUCCGUGGGCUGCGAGAACGGCUGCCUGACGCUCAGCGCCCCCGAGAUGACGAAGCUGAGCUUCCCCAUCCGCCUGCCGCGCAAGAACCGCGUGCGGGACUGCAGGAUAUUUGGACUGGAUAUCCAAGGGAGGGACUGUGGCGAUGAAGUGGCCCAGUGGAUUACCUCUUUCCUGAAAACAGAGCCGUAUCGACUAGUGCACUUUGAGCCUUCCAUGGUGCCACGGAAGUCCAAGGAUAUAAUAAACCGUUUCCGAACCACCGAUGAGGUUGCCUAUCCUGACUGCAGCCCAGUCUUGAUGCUUACAGAAGCUUCACUGGAAGAUCUAAACAGCAGGCUGGAAAAGAAAGUUAAGAUGGAAUACUUCAGGCCAAAUAUUCUUGUUUCAGGUUGCAGUGCUUAUGAAGAGGACUCCUGGGAGGACAUUGUUAUUGGUGAUGUGGAGUUGAAAGGAACAGUGUCUUGUGGCAGGUGUAUUUUAACAACUGUGGACCCAGACACUGGGGUCAUGGAUAGGAAGGAGCCCCUGGAAACAUUGAAAAGCUACCGCUUAUGUGAUCCAUCUGAGCAACAUCUGUACAAAUCCAGUCCUCUCUUCGGAAGAUAUUUCGCUGUUGACAAAACUGGAACAAUUCAAGUUGGAGACCCUGUGUACAAGAUAGUCCAGUAAAGGGAGAUAGAUUUUGAUCAGAAGAUGUCAUUUCGCUCUAAAAUUCAAAUUGCUUUCCCACGAAYACAGCCAGUGACAUAUUUUGUUCUGAUUCCUUACAGUAUUUUCUUUUUUUUUUUGUAAGGCACAAGAGAGUCCUUCAGCCUAUGAAGUGCCAAAGUGAUUGCAGAAUGAUGUGAUCCUAAGACUCCCCAUGUUCAAACUGAUACCCUAGCCACUGUUGUAUAGGGUGCUGUGUUCAUCUUUAGCUCCUCUCUGACUCAGUGAAACUCUUAUUAUUGAAAGUUGGCCUUCUUCAGCAAGAGGAUAUCUCUACUAAAGUCACCUGCAUAGUCACCUGCAUAUAUAGAGAAGUAAAGUUUAUGCAUCCAGAUGAAGUAAAAAUUUAGACUUCUGGUGUCAAAUAGCAGCUAAGCAGGAAAUUGCAAGUUGCAGUUUUAGACUGAGCAUUUUAUCAUCCAUACACAGUAUGCACUCUUUUUUUUUUCUUAAACCUAACUGAAAUGUUAGCCCCUUACAUGAAAUCCAUAAUCAUAUUUUACGAUGUGCGUUAUAGUAUCCAAAACAAGUAGGGAGUUGAUGCAGGAGAAAACUUGGAGAUGGCAAGGAGAAACAAGGAGAAACUUGGAUAAUGGCAGUGCUCCCUUUUUGUCAAAUCUCGCAGUUUUUAAAAAUGUAGAAGUACUCAAAGACAAAAGCGAGCACUUGGCACUGUACCAUUGUUAUGGAUUAGUGUAUCUGGAAAGAGUGUGGGGUUAGCCAAAAGAGAAUUUUAAAUAAGUAUGAAGAAGAACAAAUCAUAACCAGGUUUGGAGUUUAGAUUCUGUGUUCUSUUUUGUGCGUGUGAGACUGGGACUUUGCUGCCUGUGCACACCUGACACUGGCAGAAUGAAAAGCCAUCCUGCUUUUGAGCAGGUUCAAAUGGAGGUACAUGACAACCAUGGAGCAGGCAUAUGAGGAAGGUAGUUCUGUAUUUUUGRCUGCCUGGGAGUUGCUCCAUAUAGUUUUUGGUUAGUAGAGUGCUCUGUAAGUAUUAAGUUUUACUGUGACACAUGAGUGCCUAGCUCAGGCUGCGUAUUUUGUGCCUGUGCAUUGUUAUUCCCAGUGCAGUAACUAAGGGGAAGACGUCAGAGAAAAAGCAUCUUUUAAAAUAAAAAUAAUCAUGAGGUCCACUUAAAAAGCAUAUGUUAAAAAUCCUUUAACAUAAUAAGAAGCUGAAGCAUUGUGGAAUUCCUCAGGAAUUCCUAACUAAUUGUGGAAUUCCUAAUUAGUUAGGURUGUGUCUCUUGAGUCAAAAAAAAGUGAGAGAAAGAUGAAUUCUUGCCUCUGGCAAAGUGUAAUUCUUCCCUGUUGUCUUAGCACCACAUUAGGAGUUAUGUAACACAAAUUCUGUGUGGUAUAAGUCAGGUUGCAUUUUGCUAUCAUUGACUGGAUUAAUUUGGAAACGCAGCUAUUUUUCCAGUGGGAAAUUUUGCAUCUGUGUUCCAGUUACUGAAAGAAAAUUAUAUUGAUCUAACCUCUGAUUUACCCCUGCAAAACCUCCUUAGAAGAAUUUGGCUAGAAUCCUAAAAUGAGUAUGCAUCUGAAUGUAGUUUGAUAAAUGACAUUUAAGUCAAUUAUGUGAUAAAAGAGCUGGGAGCUGCAGAGAGUAACUAAUUAAUAUUACAAUAUAAGCUUUUUCAUAUAAUUGCUGAACUGUGACUGUGGCUGAACUGUGACUGUGGAAAUUACAUUUGAUUUCACUGAAGCUUUUUAGAAAACCAACUGAAAACAUGUCAGUCUUAGAGCACUUUUUGUAUAUGUGUGCUUGAAACUSUUAACUGCCUUUUAACUCUGGAAAGAAAAAAAGUAUUCUUCU